AUUAUUAUUAUUGAAGUUCGCCCGGUCACUGUCAUUGCCUGCCACUGGUCCGACACACGCGCAUUCCCCUGCUCGAAUAGUAGAGCAAUUUCACUCUGCCACUAACACUGUGUGUUGCUUAGCCGUUCUGUAUUCCACGUGUUGAAAGUUUGUAUCGAGUGUUGCAAUUAGUGUCGACAUACUCUGACUUGCUGUUGUUGUGUUUUUAUUGUGCUGUGUUCACAUUUAACCAUUAUUAAGAAAGUAAUCAAGUGUGUUCAAAGGCAUAUCAAAAGACUCAUUAAGAUUGAGUGUCUUUCUUGUCACUCCGUCCCUCUCUCCUCCUCUACCUUUCUGACUGAGCUCCAAAACCAAGAAGUAGAACACUGUGUUGACUACUAAACCUGAGACGGUUGGCUCAGAGCUGACCGACCAAAUUAAAACUAGCCUAUAGAGGAGUCUCUCUCGCUCUCGCGCUCUCAGGUUCUCUCGCUCGGACCCGCUAGACGUUAAUUAGUGCCCUUAUUAUUUCCCCAAACAGUCGAGCUAACGUUUUACAUUUCUGGUUUCCUAUCGCUUUCUUUCAUGGCUUCAUGUUUAUGACAACUUUAUUUUGGAGCGACACCUCCUGAAUACUUCAAACGGAAGGGAGACCUGGGGGUUAGGUGGUGGACGAUGGGGGCAGUAGGGGUCUUACCCCUGCUGGGGUUCUACCUAUGCGUCUCGGUCGCAGUGACGUUGACCCUUAACCCUGACGACCCCAAUGUGUGCAGCCACUGGGAGAGCUAUGCUGUGACUGUACAGGAGACCUACGCCCAUCCUUUUGACCAGGUCUACUACACCCGCUGCACAGACAUUCUGAACUGGUUCAAAUGCACCCGACACCGGAUAAGCUACAAAACGGCCUACCGGAGAGGUGUGAGGACUAUGUACAGGCGGCGCUCCCAGUGCUGCCCAGGCUUCUAUGAGAGUGGAGACUUGUGUGUUCCCCUGUGUACCGAGGAGUGUGCUCACGGACGCUGCAUGUCUCCUGAUACCUGCCAGUGUGAACCUGGCUGGGGGGGGUUGGACUGCUCCAGCGGCUGUGGGAGCGACUUCUGGGGCCCCCACUGCAGCAACCGCUGCCAGUGCCAGAACGGAGCCAAGUGUAACCCAAUAACGGGUGCCUGCGUCUGCACGGACGGGUACCAGGGCUGGCGGUGCGAGGAGCCCUGCGAGGCCAGCUUCUAUGGCAAGGCCUGCCUGCUGGAGUGCCAAUGCCUGAACGGCGCCACUUGCCACCACGAGACGGGCCGCUGCCUCUGUGCACCGGGCUACACCGGGGUCUAUUGUGAGGAGCAGUGUCCUCCAGGCAGCCAUGGGCUCCAGUGUGAACAGCGUUGUCCGUGCCAGAACGAUGGAUCCUGCCACCACGUCACUGGAGAGUGCUCCUGCCCCGCCGGUUGGAUUGGCUCAGUGUGUGCCCAGCCGUGUCCCUUCGGAUCCUAUGGAGUCAACUGUUCACAGGAGUGCACGUGCCGCCACGGUGGCCUCUGUGACCACAUCAGCGGUCAGUGCCAGUGCACGGCGGGCUACCUUGGAGAAAGGUGUCAGGAGGAGUGUCCCCUGGGCUCCUACGGGCCCCAGUGCGCCCAUAAGUGCGACUGCCAGAACGGUGCCAGGUGCUACCACAUCAGCGGCGCCUGCCUUUGCGAAGAUGGCUUCAAGGGACCCAGCUGCGGCGACCGCUUCUGUCCGGUGGGCCACUACGGCCUCAUCUGUGACAAGUACUGCCCCUGCCACCCUUCCAACACCGUCAGCUGUCACCCCCUGUCUGGAGAGUGUGGCUGCACUGCGGGCUGGGCAGGGUUCUCCUGCAACGAGACCUGCCCCUCAGGUUACUAUGGAGAGGACUGCAGGGAGCUCUGUGACUGUGACAACGGAGCCGACUGCGACGGCAUCACCGGCGCCUGCGUGUGCGCACCGGGCUACAUGGGAGAAGACUGCUCACUCAGGUGUGCUCCAGGCUGGUAUGGGACAAACUGCAGCUCCUCUUGUUCAUGCCACAAUCAUAUCUCCUGCUCCCACGUUGAUGGCUUCUGUUUUUGCAGAGAAGGAUGGCAGGGGGUCGACUGCUCCAUCCCCUGCUCCAGUGGAACCUGGGGGCUGGGCUGCAACGAGACGUGUGUGUGUGCCAACGGGGCGGCCUGCGACCCAGUCAACGGGACUUGCACCUGUGCUCCCGGAUGGCAGGACGAGUACUGCGACAACCCGUGUCCUGAGGGAACUCACGGGCUGGACUGUGGAGAGCAGUGUCAAUGUGUGAACACAGACGGCUGUGACCCGGUGUCCGGGCAGUGUCGCUGUCAGACAGGAUGGACAGGUGUGCGGUGUGACAGUGUAUGUGAGGAGGACCGCUGGGGGCCCGACUGUUCUUACAGCUGCGCCUGUGAGCACGGAGGCUCUUGCUCCCCAGAGGACGGCUCGUGUGUGUGCGCCGCUGGCUACCGGGGCAGCGACUGCCGCCGCACCUGCUCUCCUGGCUUCUAUGGCCAGCGCUGCAGUCAGUCCUGUCCGCAGUGUCUCCAUAGUGACGGCGCCUGUCACCACAUCUCGGGCCACUGUGAGUGUCUGACGGGCUUCUACGGCUCUCUCUGCAACCAGGUGUGUCCCAGCGGGAAGUUUGGGCGAGCCUGUGCGGAGAAGUGCCUAUGCACCAACAAUGGAACAUGUAAUCCCAUUGAUGGCUCCUGUCAAUGCUACCCUGGCUGGUUGGGGGACGACUGCUCUAAAGUGUGCCCCCAGGGAUCUUGGGGGCCAGACUGCAUCCAUACAUGCAACUGUCACAACGGAGCCGAGUGCAGUGCUGCAGACGGAGCGUGUCACUGCAGAGGGGGCUGGACUGGACUCUUUUGUACUCAACGUUGUCCAACGGGUUUCUAUGGCGAUGAUUGCGCCGAGUUGUGCCGCUGUCAAAACGGAGCAGACUGUAAUCAUAUAGGCGGACAGUGUACCUGUCGGACAGGCUUCAUGGGACAAAACUGUGAACUCAAGUGUCCCGCCGGGAGGUUUGGUUAUGGCUGCCAGCAGCUCUGUGAGUGUAUGAACAACUCCACCUGUGACUACAUAACCGGGACCUGCUACUGCAGCAUUGGCUUCAAGGGCAUACGCUGCGACCAGGCUGCUUUGAUGAUGGAGGAGCUGAACCCCUACACCAAGAUCAGCCCGGCGCUAGGCUCGGAGCGCCAGUCAGCGGGCGCCGUCCUCGGCAUCGUGGUGCUGCUGCUGCUCAUCGCCGCCAUGCUGGCGCUGGUGGUGUGGCUCCGCUGCCGUCAGAGAGAAAAGGGCGGCCAGAACGCUCCCAGCGUCACGUACACUCCGGCCCUGCACAUCAACGCCACUGACUUCUCCCUCUCUGGGCUACAAUGCACAGGCCUGCUCUCCUCUCCAGAGUCCUCUCCCAACAACAGCAGCAGCGUGGUCAACCCCUGCUUCUCCAACCCCAGCUAUCACACGCUGGGGCCCUGCCCCUACUACCCACGGCCGGACAAGAGGACCACAGCCAAGAGGAAGACGAAGAGGAAGCACAGGAACAGUGCGCCAGAGUGGGGAGCCUACUGUAACCUCAACGAGCUGGGUGUGUACUGCCUGGACCGAAGGUACAGCUACCAUGUGGAGCAGCAGCGCUACAGAGAGUACAUGAAGGGCUCCCUGUCCAGCAGCUUUUCUCUGAAUAGUGAGAAUCCCUACGCCACCAUCACCGACACGCCGGGGAGCUUGGCCGGCAGGCACAACGAGAGCAGCUACGAGGAGAUGAAGUCCCCGGCCCACCGCGAACACGUGGCCUACCGCUUCUCCGCCGCCGUCAUCACCGCCACUGCAAGCACGCCGCCACCACCGGCCACCAGCGCACCGGCUAGGAAUGUUUACGACAUGGAGCCGACCAUCAGCAUCCCCCUGGGGGCCAACGGCAUGCCGGUGCCCAGCUAUCCGCAGAACCCGUACGACAUGCCCAGGAACAGCCACAUCCCAAGCCACUAUGACCUGCUGCCCAUGCGGCCCAGCCCCUCCCACAGCCAGGGCCUGAACCAGCUACCCCCCGCCCAGCACGGCAACACCCCCCGUGUGCCAGGCAGCCCAACUAGCUCCCUGCUGUAGGUGAUGGGCUGGGGUAGAAACCAGGGACCAGCUAAACAUCUACAGUAACUCUUGAGUCUACCGUUACUCUUGAGUCUACAGUUGCUCUUGAGUCUUUCUCGACACUACAAGUCAGAAGGAUUGAAUGGGAUGAACCUGCACACAAGUUUUGUUCCGUAUUUAUUGAAUUUAUCAUUAUGUGUGAGUUUGAAGUGAUUGGAUUUCUGCUGGAGCACCUCCUCCAACUGAAGGAACAUCCAAUUUGAGUCUACAGAGCCUGGGCAGAAAGGAUGCAAGACUUGUGCCUCGGAUGGAAAUGACAAGGUACGUCUUUUUGUAUGAACCUAGCUCCUUCAGUCUCCACACUGCAGUGCAAACAGGACAUCAGAGCUGUUUACAGAACCUGCAAAGCGGCCAACAGUCAAAAGAUAUUUCAGUGCAAAAAUAGUGAAUGUUUUAAGGAAUGGACUCAAGGGGUAUACUAACUCACUCCUAAAUAAACACUGGCAGCCAUUGCAAUUUUCCAACGUUGAGACGUUCUCUGUGUUGGAUUCUAGAAGCACACACCGAAGAUAGAAAACUAAAUGGAAACACCACACAUUAUACUGGAUCUGGAAGUAUCCUACUUUUGUUUUACAUUUCUUCCUGCAUUGUCAUAAAAUGUAUUGAUAAAAAACUUUAUCACGGGGAUAAUUAGUAUAAAGAUGUACAACAAACAGAUGGAUAUUUUUUAACUCUUUCAUUUUACGACAAUAAAUGCAAAUAGUUGGAAGGCAGGGACCCAACAUUUUGUCAUGUAGCCAAAUCAAAGCUGGACAGAUAAUUCUUAUCUGAUACUGUAUGAAACUGAUGCUAGUAUAUUUUUUAUAAAUUGAUUAUUGGUGUUACCAUAUGUAAAAGAUCGUUACAGGAUCAAUAUUUUCACUCUAAAGUUAUCCUUUUAUAUGUAAUCCCAAAGAAUUUGUAUAGUGUAAGUGUAUUCCUUGUUCACUUGAUAACCGUGAUGUGAUUUAUUUUGUAAUUUGUAGUGAAGCUCGAGCCACUUGCAUGCCCGAUGAUGGAUCAAGCUUAAUAAUAGGUAGCUCAACUUUGAGGAGCUUUACUGAGGUGCAACCUUUCCUUUCAUUAUUUCAAUAUGCGGAUGUGGGAAUGACGCAUGAUGAUUUAAAACCCCUUUUUGAAAAAAACAUGUACAAAAAUCUAUAUAGAUAAGAAUGAUAAAAUAGUGCGGUGACAUUUGUGUCGGCAUUGACCAAUGUGUGUCGAAAUUGCUGUUCAGAAACACUUUUUUGUAAAUCUUUCUUACAUCUCAUUCCCUUGCAGAGCCUUGAUCACAUGUCAAUUCUCGAUCUCUCGCAAAUUCAAAAAUGUGCUGUGGCCUUGUGACCAUUUCUAUUGUCGAACACAUCACCGCAAAGCUUCUAUUGUUAUUAAAUAUAACGGCAAGUAGUUUAGAUUUUUGCCGAUUACAUUGCCAAGUAGUUUAUAUUGGUGUUGAUAUAAUUGGCACAUCGUUUUUUUUGUCAAAUACAUCACAGGGUAGACUUUUUUUUUUACAAUAUAAUUUUGACCCUUGACAAACAGCAAUAACACAUGUUGACAAUCAGAAGUAGAAUAUAAUUUCACAAUGAUUCUACAAUAGACAAUAUGGAUAGCAACUAUUACCUUGAAAACAUGUUUAUUUCCUAUAUGGUGUCCACAUGGGAAUAUAUAUUUUUAAGAAUGUGUUCUGGUAAUACUUGUGUGUAUGAUUCAUUCCCUUGACUGAAUAAAGUUUGUCAAAACCCAGAAUGGUGGAGUCAUUUGUCAAACUGAUUUUCUUACAAUAUCACCUAACUAAAACUGUUAAUUUGAUGAGAUGCAACUCAAUAGAUACAAACAUACAUUUCCUAGAAUCAAAGCUACAUGUGAAUAACCUUUGAUAAUAUUCCAACACAACAAAUAAUAACUAGUUCUUUUGAAGGUAUGUAUGACUGGUGCGCUUUAUUAUGAGGAACCGAUAACUUAAGAUAUAGACACAAUUUAAUAAAUCUUUACAAAACAACAUCAUUCAUGUAAACACCACUCCUCUUGCAUUUAAACCUGCCGAAUUCAUUGAAAUUACUAAACUUGUGUACAUUCCCACUUAGUCAGCCGUGACGGCACAUUUCAACACAGUUACUUUUCAAAUGAGAGAAUAGAACACAUUUCUUUAAAAAAAAA